AUGAUAGGAGCGGUUAUCUUUGUUAUCAUCAAGGGCACCCUCGACGUGGGCGGAGUGGGCGUGGUUAUUCAGAGGAAUUUCGACAGCGGACGAAUCGAAUGGCCUGAAUUCACAUUCGAUCCCAAAGUUCGCAUGUCCAUGUUUGCCUUGAUGGUGGGCUAUGUUGGCCACAAUACCUACCAAUUCGGCUGCAAUCAAAUGAUGACCCAGCGGUAUAUGUCCCUUCCUGGUGUAAAACAGAUGGCACACACAUCCUUCCUUUUCAUCGCAGGAUUAACUCUUUUGUUUGCACUUUGUUUGUACAAUGGCCUUCUGCUCUUCGCAACUUACUACGACUGCGAUCCAUUGACCACAAAGUUGGCGGUGGCCAAGGAUCAACUGGUUCCCCUGCUGUUCCCUCUCCACGGGUAUGAAUUCCCUCUCCGCUGUUUUUCUGGAGGACUACAUAAAGCCCUUGGUGAAGAAGCCCCUUACGGAACACCAGACGGCUGUCACCAUGCGAGUCUGUGUACAGUGAUCAUUGGAGUCGUCAGUGUGGCCCUGGUUUUCGUGGUCGAGCGGAUGAGCUCUCACGUUUUGCAGCUGGGCAUUACCAUUGGAUCAGUGGUUCAGGGCCCGCUUCUUGGUCUCUUUACGAUGGGUCUGCUGUGCCCAAGUAUUAACUCCAAAAGCGCAAUUACGGGAUCCCUUGUUGCCUUCUUCUUUAUGGGCUGGCUUAGUAUUUCGGCCCAAAUCGCCAUAAACUCCGGGGAAAUUUAUUCCCCCGAAAAGCCAGUCAGCAUCGAAGGCUGUGAUUAUGAGUUCGACCGCUCCCUGGUGACCCCUGCCAAUGCCACCCUUCUUAAUGCAGAACCUCCGUCCCUCAGUUUCGCCGAGCAGCUUUACCACAUAUCCUUCUUGUUCUACACGGUCAUGGGGGGAACAGUGGGUGUGAUUGUAGGACAUCUGGCCGGCUUUGUAUUUGGCCGAAAUAAAGCCGGAGACAUUGAAGACGAGUUGCUCUCGCCCUGCAUACGAAGAUUCCAGAAGACCAAAUACUCCAGCGUUAACCUGAAUGAGAGCUCUGCUAGGAGUUCCGAUGAGAAAUCUUAAAAAAAUAGUACAAUUUUAAUUGUGUUUCCCUUAUUGCAC